AUGGCGGUGAAAAUCGGUCCCGGAUGGUGUGACUGUGGCGGGCUAUAUGAGAAGGGCAAUGUCUACUCUAACAGAAAUGAUGAAAGAUCAGCAGAAAGUUUACCUCAGCCGAACACAACUGCUGAUCACGAGGACGAUGAAGAAGAGAUAGAUCGUGGUCAAUGGGGAAAUAAAGUAGAAUUUAUUCUGUCAUGUAUUGGUCUCUCAGUUGGUUUGGGAAACGUCUGGCGUUUUCCAUAUUUAGCUUACAAAAAUGGCGGAGCUGCCUUUGUGAUAGCCUACCUCAUCCUACAGAUUGUGAUUGGUAAACCUAUGUAUUUCAUGGAAUUGGUUAUGGGUCAGUUCUCUGGACGAGGACCUACUGGAGUAUGGGCAAUGAAUCCUGCUGCCAAAGGUAUUGGUAUGUCCAUGGCGCUGAUAUCACUAGAUGUAGCUAUAUAUUAUAAUGUUAUCAUGGCCUAUACUCUAUACUAUUUCUUUGCUUCCAUGCAGACGACUUUACCAUGGACCGAAUGUAAACCAGAAUGGAUAGACUGUAUAGCUAAACGAUUUAAAUUCCCAGAAUAUUGCACGGGGAAUGAAACAUUUGACUUAGAUCUUGGUGAAUGCCGUUGUACUGGUAAUAGCAGUAUUGAUUUGGUAGCUGAAACCUAUACUAACUGUACACAAUUGAAUUUUACCGGUAAACCGAAAUCAGCAGCCGAGUUUUUCUUUUAUGAGGAGGUUAUCCAGAGAUCUGCAGGUUUAGAACCCGAGAAUUUAGGUUAUCCGCUGUGGUGGUUGGUAUUAUGUAUGUUAUUAUCAUGGGUUGUGGUUGUUCUCUGUUUAAUCAAAGGAGUAAAAAGUUCUGGUAAGGUUGUAUAUUUCACGGCUACAUUCCCGUAUGUUAUAUUGAUUAUAUUAUUAAUAAGAGGAGCCUUAUUAGACGGUGCUAUAGACGGUGUCAUCUAUUUUAUUGUGCCCGUUUGGGAAAAACUACUUGAUUUAGACGUAUGGGUAGCCGCUGCCGGUCAGAUGUUCUUCUCCUUGUCCGUAUCGUUUGGUGGUAUUAUUAUGUUUGGUAGUUAUAAUAAAUUCAAAAAUAAUGUAUAUGCAGACGCGUUAUUAAUCAGUGUAAUGGAUGUGAUAACGAGUAUUAUAGCAGGUUUUGUGAUAUUCACCACAUUUGGUGGUAUGGCCAGGUCAAUUGGUGCAGAAAUAGACGAGGUUGCUGAAGUUGGUUAUGGUUUAGCUUUUGUAGCCUACCCUGAAGCCUUAUCCAACUUCCCGAUACCACAACUAUGGUCCGUGUUGUUCUUCUUCAUGUUAUUUACAUUAGGUUUGGACAGUGAGUUUGGUCUAAUGGAAACAGUACUAACAUGUAUUCAAGAUGAAUUCCCAAAGACAAGAAAAUACAAAGGUCUCAUGUGUGUUGGACUUGGGCUCUUCUGUUUUGCUAUAGCUCUUCCAGUGACAUGCCCUGGCGGUGAUUAUAUUGUAACGUUAAUGGACCAUUAUGGAGCUGAUUUCUCGGUGUUGUUUAUUGCUGCAUGUGAAGCUGUAGCUGUAGCAUGGGUGUAUGGUGUGUUACGAUUCUGGAGAGAUAUUAACUACAUGUUAGGUUAUAAAUCUAUUACAUGGCCAUUUUGGGCUGUAUGCUGGGUUUCAAUUCCUAUACUGAUUGGAUUACUUUUCUUGUAUCGAAUGAUCAACUAUAAAUCACCAAAAUACCCUAGUGGUGAUCCGUACCCUGAAUACGCUCAAGGUUUAGGAUGGACUCUUGCGGCCGUAGUUUUAUGUCCCGUACCCAUAUACUUCCUAUAUGCAUUCUUUACGGCAGAAGGUGGAUUUUUAACGAAAUUAAAAACAAUAACCACACCAACAUCAAGAUGGCGACCAAAUGAUGGCAGUAAAGCGUACAUGAUCCCCCAAAAUGGCAUGAAUAUGGAAAAUAUGAAAACUGGAAUAGACGCACCAUAUAUAGUUUCAGAUUAGAAAACAUCAAUAUAACUAGAAUAUAUCAUCACCACUCAUCAUAUUGUGUCGAAUGCCAGAAUACUACCUCCACCAGCUUAGAACGUUACUAGCUAUUUUAUCAUAGGAAUUGAUGCUUAAUAACAGUUUUUAUCUAACGAGUUUGUCGAGUUUAUUAAUCCGCCGAGGUUAAAAUCAAGGUUUACCGAGUUUGAUAGUUAUUGAUAUUUUAUGCAACUAUCGUAAUAUCUUGUUUUGCUGAGCCUACAAAAUGAAUCUGUAAUGUAGAAAUGUACCAAUUGCUUUGAAACGUGUUGUUAUAUAAAUUUGUUUACUUCAUCAGUCCUAGGGUUUCAGUUAAAGCACUACGUUUUUAUAUCGUACCAUUUCGAAUUAUGCACAUCUUCAAAGUGUUCUUUGGGGCGUUAAGAAGAGACUGCAUUAGUGCAUUAGCAUUAUGUCUUGUGAUUUGUCUGAUGCAAUCCGUGUUGUUGCAUGGACAGUAAUCGGAGAUGCAACAGAUCUAAGAUUUAUCUUUUUCUAAUAAUUUUUAUCCUAAAAUGGUUACCCCAUUUAAAGAAUUCUGUGUACAACGUUAUUGAUCAUGAUCCUCAUUCCAAUCAGUGCCAUUAAUAAGGACUAUGUACGGUGCAUCCCUUUUUAUCCAUAACCAUAUAUAGGAACAGAAUGUCUGUCCGAGUAAAAAAUCUUUUAUAUCACGAAAUCCCCAAAUACCACUGUGCCUACCGCUACCCCAAAACACAUUAAAAUUAGGACCCAGCGGCCUUCUGCUUAUAUGUUGUCAUCAUUUUAUACUUAAGUUAUUAACAUCUGUUUUUUAUUAUUAUUUUGACUCUCGUACUUACUUGAUCUGAAGUUGUUGAAAUCGACAUUCCAUUUGCGAUCGCUUACUUUUAGAGAUAUAAUCGUCUAGGCAUUUGCUUUGCUAGCUGAUAGUAACUUUCCCUGACGUCAGAUUUUAAAUUUUUAAAAGGGAUACUGUUAGAAUGUAAUCAAAGCUGAUAUGGCAAAUAAUUGAAGUAGUAUGGCCAUUCUUUUAACUUGAAUUCUCAGUGGAAGGAUUUUACUACUGGAAUUCUGCUUUAAGAAUAUUGUCAUUUCGUUAUUUCGUUCAAGCGAAGUUUUUAUUGGAGGAAAUAAUACAAAAUACGCUGGGGUCAUGUGCUAAUACUUUGCUUUAACGAAAUAAAUGUUGAUUGCUUUCUGCACACUGCAUUGAGAAGUCAUUUAUUUAACGCAUUAACAUGUUCUUUUAAGGAAAUUAUUAUAAAGGGAUUUCAAUCGAUCUCUCAUUUUUUGUAAAUUUUAUUUGGAUUGAGUUCAUUUCUGUCCAAUUUGUGAAAGAAAUAUAUUUAACAAUGUAUCAUUUUAUUUAUCAUAACGAAAUAAAUUUUUAACGUAGAA